GGAAUUUUAUUUUCAAAAUUAACAAAUAUGUGAAAAAAAAAUGAUGAGAAAAGCUUAUUUAUAAUGGAAGUUAUUUCGUUUUUAUCAUAAAAAUAUUAAAGAGAGAAAAAAGGGAGAGAAAUGCCUAAUUUUACUAUGUUGGAAAUAAAGAGAGCGGAAGAUUAGACUCACACAUUCCUUAUAUGUUGAACGUAUUUGUGAGCCAAUGAGAUAUUAAGAGAGUGUGAGGUCAUCUCUUGACUUUGUGAACCCGCAGUUCAGUUGUGACAGAAUCUUCUCCCACACCAUGAGAUCUCCAGAUGAUCUCUUUGACAGGCAUCUGUCCCGACACUAUGGACGAAGAAUUACAUUCAUUCUUAUCUUUCUCUGUGUGAUCCGUUCGGAAAGUUUGUUUAUGAAGGGAAAAAUAUAUACAUAUUCUUAUGAAGCAAUUUCGAAUACCGGAGUUUUUGUACCCUCAAGGGCCUCGUCUUCAUGGGGUUUCGAAGGAAUUUUGUCUAUUAUAGCCGAAGAAAAUUCAGCUUUAAUGAAGCUGAAGUCAUUGAAAAUAAAUUCUUGGAAUGGACCAGGAAAUGAAAAAGGAAAAAAUGUAGACGCUAAUGAAACGGUUGAUGAACUUUUAAAACCAUUUAAAAUUGAUUAUAACAAAAUGGGCUUAAUAGAAAAUUUUAGUAUUGAAACUGAACAAAUUUGGGCCACUAAUAUCAAAAGAAGUAUAGCUGCAAUUUUUCAACUUGAUUUAGAAAAUUUAGAAAAAGAAGUUGCAUUCACUUCAACAGAGGUAAAUCAUUAUGGUCAGUGUUCGAUUGGAUAUGUAGUUACAAAUGAAUCGUUAACUGAAAAAUUAAUUAGAAAGACAGUAGAUCCUCGAACAUGUCGAGGACAUUCGCAAAGAAAUUGGAGUAAUGUUCCUCGAAUGCAAUGUCCCAAUGAUGAUCAGAAUCCAAUUUUAAAAUCAAGUGAAAGAUUUUAUCAAGUAUUUUACAAUAAUAGUGAAAUGAUUAUUUCAUUUAUUAAUGCAACUGGUGGUAUUUAUGUGCAACCCUUUCAAAGUCUUGGAGAAGCUCAAUAUAUUUUUACACAACAACGUUUUCAAUUGUUAUCGAUAAAUGAUAUUGAUCCAAUGGAAAUGAAAAUUCCCUCACUGCAAAUAAAAUCUCUUCAGCAUGUACUUCCUGAUGAAGAUUUAACACAAGGACGUGGAAUUUUUGAAAAAGAAGAUUCAUAUAAAACUAUUGUAGUUCUUCUCGAUCGAUUAAGUCAACGACUCGAAAAUCCAGGAAUAGAUACAGAAAUAAAUAAUCUACAUAAUACAACAAUUUCAAUUCUUCUUUAUCAUUUGGUGACAUUAAAUCGACAAGAUUUACAUAUUGUUUAUAAUAAUAUUUCUGGAACGAGUUAUAAGGAGGAAACUGUCAGGAAUAUGUUUUUGGAAGCUGUGCCUCAAAUUGGAACUCCUGAAUCGGCUCUAUUUAUUUUGGAUGUGAUUCAACAGAGAAAUGUUUCUAACAUUACUGCCAUUCAAUUAUUGAGUAAUCUUCCAUUUCAUAUAAAAAAAUUGGAAAUUCAAUUUCUCGUGAAUUUAGAACCGUUUUUAAAUUUUCCUGAUAAAAUUGCACCCGAAGUGCAAAAUACUGGAAUUUUAACGUUUGGAACAUUAAUUUACAAAACAUGUUUGUCAAAUUGUCCAUACGAAAUGUUGGAUGAUUACGUUAAGUUAUACCUGGACAAAUUCACUGAAAGUCAGCAAUAUGAAAAAAAAAUGGUUUGGCUACAAGGAUUAGCGAAUAUACAAUUGGGAAGAAUUGUGGAAUUUCUCGAACCAAUUGCAAGUGGAAGUAAUUCGGAAUCGAGGCAUCUUCGUGUAGCAGCCGCAUGGGCUUCCCUUCCAACUGCACCUUUAAGACCUGAUGUGAUUUAUCCAGUCUAUUGGCCAAUAUUAAUUAAUCGAACGGAACAUUUGGAAUUAAGAAUUGCGGCACUUACUUUAUUGAUAGUUUCAAAUCCAUCACCAAGUCGAUUAAUAUCACUUUAUUGGUACAUGAAAGGUGAACCAGAUAUGCAUCUUUAUAAUUUUUUCUACACAACUUUGAAGUCUAUGGAACGAACAAAUUUUCCAUGUUACGUCCACAUUGGAGGAUUAGCUGCACAAUUUACUCGAAUGCUACCGAAAAUAAUGAGAAAUAAAUUUAUUGUCACUGGCAAUUAUUUAUUUGAUUAUCAAGAUACCUAUAGGCAUUUUGGUGCAAUGAUUCAUGGAAUUUUAAUUGCCAAUCCAAUGACAAAUAUGCCUGAAGUUAUAUAUGUUACUUUAAAUAAUCAUGGAAGUGGAAUUAAUCUAAAUCACGUUUCCUUGUACAUAAAAGCCGAAGGUUUUUUACACACAAUGACAACAUAUUUGGAUAGUCCAACAAGAAUUUCGGAUAUAUUAAAGAGAUUUAAGAUAAAUCCAAAAAGUUUAACUCCACCACAUUUUGAAAUAAUUGUAAGAGUUCAAGAAAAAGCGGUUCUUUGUUUACAUUUGAAUCGAUCAUCUUUGGUAAAAGCAUUUCAAUUUAUUGAUUCAUUGCAACAAAGUACAUUUCAUCUUUAUCAAAAUAUGGAAUUUCACAAAAAUGAACAACGAAUUCAUGUUCCUUUAAUAAUGGAAUCAGUACAUGUUACGGAUUUAGGGACAAAUGCAAGAAUUGCCGCUACAGCAAAUUCUCUAUUUUCUAUGAGGGGAAAUUUUACUCAUGUUCCUAAUUCAAGAAAAAAUCAUGUCAUUUUGAGGACUACAAUCCAUGGAACACAAGUAAUUGAAAAUUACAAUCCUUUGAUAGAUUUAUGGUACGUUGCAGAACGCGCUCAAUCAGUUCACGGUUAUUUGCCAAUAAAUGUCACAUUUGGACUCCAAGAUAAAUUAUUUGUCUCUUACAAUACUUUGGAAGAUGGUAUGAAAACUGGAGUAACAGCUCAUGUGCGUACAGUGACGAGUAUUCGUGGUGCAAAAGUAAAUAAAAAAUUAAAAAAUAUUUGUCCAGAUUGUAUAAGAGAUUUUACAGUGAAGAAAAGUUACACCGAUCCAAUGAAGACAAAAAUUUUAUACGAGUCAAAUAUUCCUGAAUUGGGUGGUCGAUUGAAAAUUCAAGUAUUUGAUUGUGAAAAAAUAAUAUCGAAAGAAAAUGUCAUUCAAAAUGUAAUGCUUUCUCAUCGCAGUAAUCAUCAAAAAUCGCCUAUUAUGCAAUUUAUUCUAAUGGGCAUGCAUUACAUUGAUUAUUUUUCAUACGUUCCACCUAGAGGCAGUUGUGGCAUUUUGGGCCAUUUUGAACCGACAAAUUUAUACUCUACUGAGGUAAAAAUUGAAUAUUCCAAAAGUGACAAGUACCAUUUAAUUUCGUUGAAACAUAGAGAUUUAAGUUCCUCAAAAAUUCUUCAUCAAUGGGACAUGAAACUUGUUUAUGAUAUUACAAGUUGGAUGUCUGAUUCUCUUAAAAUAAAAGCCAGUCGAACUACUCCGGGUGAAAAAGUUUUGAAGAUUUGCUUUGAUGGAGAAAGAGAAGUUCCAUGGGAAUGGAAUUUUUUGAGUACAAACGCAAGUAAUCCAUCGUCAGUAAAAAUGAAUAUUGUUUGGGGCUAUGGAGAAACAGCAAAAGGAAAAUGUAGUGGAUCAUCGUUAUUAUUAAAAUUAUCCGGAGAAGUGAGUCGUGAGCAAAAAUUUUCCAGUUUGGAAGAUAAAUGGCCAUUUAAUGUUUGUCGAAAGCAAACGGAAGGAAAAGCUUUUGUUCCUUAUACACAAGCUUGUUACGAAACAUCAAGAGAAUUAUCAACUUUAAGAAAUUAUCAAGCCAAUGUUAAAUUUGAAAAUUUACCUGAAAAUUUAUUAAAGGUUGGAUGGCGUAUGCGAGCUUUUUAUGAUUUUAUCGGUGGUAACAGUAGCAGUAUAGAUUGGGAUAAAACUAAUGAAUUUACAGUUAAAGCAAAAUUCCCAGAAAAUUCCGAUGAAGGUGAAUUACGUUUAAAUAAUGAUAAAAUCGAUAUUGAUUAUAAUGCUGAUAUUAUUGAUUAUUUUUUGGUGAGAACAAGACUUCAUAAAUUCAUUGACAAUCCACUUCUUCGUUCUUUCUUCAGCACAUGUAUUUUAAAUACAGAUACAAUAAGUUCAUCUUACAAUAUUAGUAAUAAAUUGGAGAAAAAUCAAGAAAUGUUAAUUCUUGGUCAUUGUUAUGAUGAAUAUCCGAGAUUUUCAAUAUCGGCAAUAAAUAAUGGUAAUGAUAUUAAUUUAAUUUUAAAUGACGAAUCGGAUAAUUUAACAAUAAUGCCUUUUAAAAAUGGAGGCGCAUUGUAUAAUUACACAUCUUUGAUACAAAUUGAAAGAAAUUAUCAAUUUGUUUCUGUGGGAGCAAAAUGGGUAAGAUUGGAUGAUAAAUUAGUCGAUGUCGUAUUAUCGGAAUUUCAAAUAUUUAUACGUUGGACACAAGAACAUAUUUUAUUGUUUUAUCCAAAUUUCAUUCAAGAAUUCACCUGCGGACUCUGUACAGCUCAUCAAACAAAUACUGAAGAUUUAUAUAAAAGAAUUUCAAGAUAAUGUUCAAAAUAUAAAAAUCAAUGGUAAAUUAAGAAAAAAAAUUGUAUAUUUAUGAAAUAGUAUUGUAAGAAAUAAUAAUUAAGAAAAAAAAAUGUUUUUCAAUAUUUUGUAAACGUUUAUUACUUUGAAAAUAAAUACUUAAUUUUUUUUUAUAUAAAA